AGAUAUCACAAACUAUUCAAGUGCAAGGCUACUGGAUUCAGGUAAUUUAGUUUUAAGUGAUAAUGGAGGGAGGGUAUUGUGGGAGAGCUUCGAUCAUAUGACGGAUACAUUGUUACCGGGCAUGAAAAUCGGUGUGAAUUGGAGAACUGGCCUAGAUUGGUACCUAACGUCGUGGAAGUCCCCAGACGAUCCGGCAUGUGGGGAAUUCUCGUUUCGGAUUGAUACCCGAGGUAUGCCUCAGUACAUCGUAUGGAAAGGAUCGGAACGGGUUUGGCGAAGCGGGCCGUGGAACGGCCAGCGGAUCAGCGGCGUGCCACAGAUGAAUCUACACUUCAUAUUCAAUUUCCAUUACAUUGCGAAUGAAAACGAGACUUACGUGAUGUUCAAUGCCUACAAUCAGUCAAUCAUCUCAAGGAUGGUGUUGAUUGGAUCAGGUAAAAUCCAUCGACUGACGUGGCUCGAUAGCAACCGUCGAUGGAAUCUGUUCUGGGAAAUUCCAGGAGAACGCUGUGAUGGAUAUGGUCAAUGUGGCACGUAUGCUGGCUGCUACGCGAAUCAUGCACCACCAUGCGAGUGUUUGCAUGGGUUCGAACCCAGGUCACCUCAGGACUGGUAUUUGAGAGAUGGGACGGAUGGGUGUGUGAGAAGAAGAGUAUUGGAGUGUGAGAAGGGAGAUGGUUUCUUCAAGUUGCAACAUGCGAAGUUGCCUGAUACUCUGCACGCUCGAGUUGAUACACGUGCUAGCCUGAAGGAGUGUGAAGAUGAGUGUUUGAAGAAUUGUUCUUGCACGGCUUAUUCUAGUGCUGAUAUUAAUGGAGGUGGGAGUGGGUGUGUGAUGUGGGGUGGAGAUUUAAUUGAUCUUCAGGUAUAUUCUGAUGGAGGGCAGGAUGUCUACAUACGUGUGGCUGCUUCUGAGCUAGAAUCCAACCGCUUACUUGACAAGAAAAAGAAGAUGAUACUGAUAAUAACAAUCAUUUUGGGGGUGAUUCUCUUUGCUUUUUGUGGUUGUUGCCUGUGGAGGAGGAAGAGAAAAGUACAAGGUAGCAACAGUAUUGAAAGAAAUCAUAGAAUCUUUUAUGAUGAAAAUGAGCUUGAAGAAAGUACGAAAGGAUCAGAAUUGCCAUUAUUCGAGUUGCGUGUUGUAGCAGCCGCUACUAAUAACUUCUCAAGUGAAAAUGAGCUCGGUGGGGGAGGCUUUGGCCCUGUAUAUAAGGGUAAGCUGAUGAACGGUCAGGAAAUAGCAGUGAAAAGGCUUUCGAAGAAUUCCGGGCAAGGGAGCGAAGAAUUCAAAAACGAAGUUUUGCUGAUUGCGAAACUUCAACAUAGGAAUCUUGUUAAGAUUAUGGGCUGCUGCAUUGAAGGAGAUGAAAAGAUGUUGAUUUACGAGUACAUGAGAAACAGAAGCUUGGACUGGUUUAUUUUUGAUGACACCAGGAGGGUUUUAUUGGAUUGGGGACAGCGAUUUAAGAUUAUCAUGGGGAUCGCUCGUGGGGUUCUCUAUCUUCAUCAAGAUUCUAGACUUCGAAUUAUUCAUAGGGAUCUGAAGGCCAGCAAUGUUCUUCUAGACGAUGAGAUGAUUCCUAGAAUCUCAGAUUUUGGUUUGGCAAGGAUAUUUGAUGGAAAUCAGACUGAAGCAAACACUACUAGAGUGGUUGGGACAUAUGGUUAUAUGUCUCCAGAGUAUGCAAUGGAUGGGCUUUUCUCAGUGAAAUCAGAUGCCUUUAGCUUUGGGGUCUUACUGUUGGAGAUCAUUAAUGGGAAGAGGAACAAUGGCUGUUUCAGCGACGAUCCUUCACAGAAUUUGAUAAGAUAUGCAUGGGAGCUAUGGAAAGAAGACAGAGGUUUGGAGCUGGUCGAUUCGUCGAUGGUCAGUUCUUGUUCCACCAAUGAAGUUCUAAGAUGUAUUCAAGUGGGACUGUUGUGUGUGCAAGAAAAUGCAGUGGAUAGACCAACAAUGGCAUCUGUUGUUUUCAUGCUCGACAAUGAUACAGUCAUGCCUACCCCUAAGCAACCUGCAUUCUGUGUGCGGAAAAACCUCAAUAACAAAGACUCAUUUACCAACAGAACCGGCUCCCAUUCCAUUAAUGAAGUGAGUAUUACAGAGUUACAUGCCCGAUAGGAGCUUGAAAAUCCUUUAUUAGUUUUGUAUUGAUCAAUUCUAUGAACUGUUCUCUAGGGUGUGGUUUGGAAUGAUAUGUUCAAAAGCUGCAAUUUUUGAGUGACUGAGAUUAAUGAGAGACCCACAUCGCAAAGUACGUAGACAACCAGCUCUACAACAUGGAGCUGAUGCAGCCCAUUUGAUUGUAGUCGAAGUUGUCAUGUCGAAAACUAGCCCUUAAUCUCUUCCAAAUCACAUUUUCCAGAACAUUGAGUGCCCUCUCCUUCUGGUGAUAUCUUAUCAAAGAAUACGAAGAUUUAUGUUAUUUUCUGGUGAUGGUUGGAUGUGGAUGUGUUUGGUUGCACCAAACAUAGUGAAAUUUCAUGAUAUUUCACAAUAUUUGGUGGCAAAUAUCAUGAAAUUUCCCUAUAUUUGGUGCAACCAAGCAAUAUUUGUAGUUGUAAUAAAUCCUGAAAUCAGGACACAUUGCUUUAAAUUAGAGGUUUUAAGCGCGAU